AUUUAUAUAAUAGAGUAUUAUUUAUAUAAAUAAUUUUAAUUGUAUAUACCCUAAAAUAUCAUCAGCUUUUGUUCAUCAAAAAGUAGUAACUCGAAAUACGAAUGUGCAGUGUAAGUGAAGAGAAUAGUUGAAUUAAAACAAAAUUAUUUCACAAAUAUUGUUUUAUAAAAUUUUUGCAAAUGAAGUUGAGAGAUUUAUAUAAAAUAUAUUUUUCAAUAUUUAAUUCAAUAUUUAGUUUAAUAUUUUAAAUUUAUAACCUAUAUGUAUUUGUAUAUAACCUAUAAAUUUAAUAAUGACACUACUGCAUUUUGCUUAUAUUGAAAAAAUAUGAAGUUGAAAAAGAUUUUUAAAGACAAUUCAUUCAUUAUUUGUAUUUAUUAUUUGCUAUUUCCUCAAUAUCACAUUUUGUAUCUUUUAUAUUUAUAUACGAAUAAUAUAAUCAAACGUGAUCUAUUUCGUCUUUUGUAUACAACUUUCAUAUACAUUGUACUUUCAAAAUUCUAUAGCAUUUGAAUAACAUUAUUAUUACAAAAAAUGUCAAAGAAAAUUCCACUUAGUCAAAAUGAAAUACAACCUUCAUUUAAAGGAUUUCUUGAACAUAUAAAUAAUAAACGUAUUGUACAAUCAAGCACUCCUAAGUUAUCAAAUACAAAUUUACUAAAUGAAAGUUUAAAUUGUAUAUCUAAAGACUGUAAGUCUUCUGAUACAGAAAAAUUAAAAGAAAAUGUUAAAACAUCCAUUAUAUCUAUUAAUAGUUCUGAUGAUUCAACAUUCAUUGAUGUUAUUAAAAGUAAUGUAAAAGAAAAAGAUUGUAGUUUAGAGGAAAAUUAUCAAAUAGAUUCUAAAGAAGAAAAUUCAAAGAUUAAAUUUAUUCAUUCAUCAGACAGUGAAGAUGAUAUAAUAAAAAUAAAACGAGCUUUAAAUUUAAAUCGAAAAAAAUUUCUUGACAGUAGUAAUGAAGAACAAAUAUCAAAUGAAUCAUUUGAAAAAGAUAAAUCAUCACUUGAUAAUGUAUCUUUGCAAUCAUCUAAGAAUAAUAGUGAAAUAGAAAUACAAGAACAAAUUUUAAUUGAAAAUGAUAAUUUAAGAACUCCCAAAAAAUGCUUAAAAACCAAAAGAAAAGAAAAUAUUAUAAUAUCAGAUUCAGAUAGCAACAGUCCUAGUUUUAAACAUAGUUCCAAAAAAACUCCAAUAAAAAGAUGGAUAGGACCAGAUUACAAAUUAAAUUUGAAGCCUUUAGGUUUAGGAAAAGAAUUAGAUUCAUGGAUACAACUUGCAAAAGAGAAACCAAUAAUGUCUUCAGUACCAAUUACAAAAGAUAAAUUGGAAGAUAGAUGUAAACAUUUAAGAAAUUUUCAAAUAGAAAUUCUUGAAAAAUUUUAUACUGCAUUAGAUCAAAUACCAUUACCAGUAUUACAAAAAUUUCCACAAUUUAAUACACGUACAUUUCAAGAUUUAAAAAUUUUAUAUCAACAUGUUAAAGCAAAGAUACGUCUGGUUGAAACAAAGUUAACACAUAUUGAAUAUGAUAAAAAUCAAAAACAUGUUCAGGAAUUAUCUGAAAUUACAAGUAGAUGUAUAAAUGAUUCACCAUUAUCUAAAACAUCACAAUCUUCAAAUCAACAAUUAAUAAUAGGUAUUUCUGAUAGUGAUAGUUUCAAUGCAUCUAAUACUAAUUGUUCAGAUGUAGGAUCAAGUUUUACCAAUAUUAUGAAAGUGAAAACUACAGUUUCACCAACAAUAGAAGAUUUUUCUCAAUCAUUACAAAAAAAUAAUGAAUCUUAUAUAAAGAAAAAAGAGGAUAUAGAUUCACAUAUUUCUCUCCAAGAUCAAUCAAAUGAUUCUCUAGUUCAAACAAAAAAGAGUAUAUUUCAAUUAAAAAAACCUAUUAAGGCAUCUGUGACUUCUGAAAUUUCUAAACAAAUAGGAGAAAUAUGGAAAAAAGAAGAACAAUCUAAAGUAGCUAAUACUAAAACAAUCAUUUCUAAUUUCAAUAUUAGUUCUGAUAAAUUAGAAAAAAUUGAAAGUAAUGAAAAAAAUAUAUAUUUUGAAGAGAAAAAAAAAACUGUUCAAAUUUCUCAAAAAUUAAAAUGUGAAAAUAAUCAAAGUAAUUUGAAUAUAAAGGAUGCAUCAUAUAUAAAUGAUAAUACUUCAUAUUCAUAUUCACAAGACAUAGUUGAUUGCUUGACUCAAGAACUUGAACAAUUUCCUGCAUUAAGUACAGAUUGUAAUAUAAAAUCAAGUUUUAAAGAAACUGAUACACAAAGUACUACUAGUAAUACUACUACAAGUAAUAUUACAAAUGAAAAAAAACAAGAAAAGGAUAAAUUAAAUAUUCAAAUGGGUAUUUUUACCGGAAGUUAUAAGAAUGAUGGUGUCAGUGGUGAAUUUGAUGGAUUAACAUAUCCUCACUCACGAGAAAUGUUAAAAAUUUUCCGACAAAAAUUUGGAUUAUAUUCAUUCAGACCAAAUCAGUUACAAGCAAUUAAUGCUGCAAUUUUGGGAUUUGAUUGUUUUAUUUUAAUGCCAACCGGAGGAGGGAAAUCAUUGUGCUAUCAACUUCCAGCACUUUUAUUACCUGGAGUAACAAUUGUAAUUUCACCAUUAAAAAGUCUUAUUCUUGAUCAAGUUCAAAAACUCACUUCUCUUGAUAUUCCAGCUACACAUAUGUCUGGAGGAAUAACAGAUAGUCAAGCAUUGGGAAUAUAUAGAGAACUUUCAAAAAAAGAUCCAGCUCUUAAAUUAUUAUAUGUAACACCUGAAAAAAUUUCUGCAUCUCCAAAAUUUUGCAAUAUUUUAUCUUCAUUAUAUAACAGAAGAUUAUUAGCAAGAUUCGUUAUUGAUGAAGCACAUUGUGUUAGUCAAUGGGGACAUGAUUUUCGACCUGAUUAUAAAAGAUUGAAUUGUCUCAGAGAAAAUUAUCCUAAAGUGCCAGUUAUUGUUUUAACUGCAACAGCUACACCAAGAGUUAGAAGUGAUAUAUUACAUCAGUUACGUAUUACUACACCUAAAUGGUUUAUGUCAAGUUUUAAUAGACCUAAUUUAAGAUAUAGCAUUAUUGCAAAAAAAGGUAAAAAUUGUUCAGAUGAAGUAAUAGGUAUGAUAAAAACAAAAUACAAGAAUGAUUGUGGUAUUGUUUAUUGUUUAUCUCGCAAAGAUUGUGAUGAUUAUGCAAUGCACAUGCGAAAGAAUAGCAUUAAAGCAUUAAGUUAUCAUGCUGGUCUUACAGAUAAUAAUAGAAGCGAUAUUCAAGGUCGAUGGAUUUCAGAAGAAAUCAAAGUUGUUUGUGCAACAAUAGCAUUUGGAAUGGGUAUUGAUAAACCAAAUGUACGAUUUGUAAUACAUGCAGCUUUACCAAAAUCUAUCGAAGGUUAUUAUCAAGAAAGUGGACGCGCUGGUCGUGAUGGAGAAAAUGCAGAUUGUAUUUUAUUUUAUAAUUAUACUGAUAUGCAUAGGAUUAGAAAAAUGAUUGAAUUAGAUAACUCAAAUCCUACUAUAAUAAAAACUCAUAUCGACAAUUUAUUUAAAAUGGUAUCAUUUUGUGAAAAUAAAACAGAUUGCCGCAGAACACAACAAUUAAAUUAUUUUGGUGAAAUAUUUGAUCGAGAACAAUGCAUUGCUAACAAAGUUACAUCAUGUGAUAAUUGUAGAAGUAAAGAUACUAUUACUAUGUUAGAUGCAACAGAUGAUGCAAAACAGAUUAUGAAAGCUGUACGCGAUUUAAAUAAUCAAACAAGAAAUUGUAAUCUUACAUUAGUUCUUCUCACAGAUAUAUUUAAAGGAAGUGAUAUCAAGAAAAUAAGAGAAUUGGGUCUUAAUAAGUCCCCUUUAUAUGGUCGAGGAAAAUCAUGGAACAGAGCUGAUAUUGACCGUUUAUUACAUCAUAUGGUACUUAAGGAAUAUUUACAAGAACAAAUGUACAUAAACAAUGAAAUUGCUUGUGCUUAUGUAAAAAUUGGACCAAAUGCUGCAGAAUUCAUGACAAAAAAAGAUAUAAAAAUAAUGCUUCCUAUAAAGUCUAGUAAUAGUACUACUGCUGUAGCAACAGUAUCUACAGUUACGAAAAAAAUUGAUAAAAUACUUGUGGAAUUACAAGAUCGAUGUUACAAAGAAUUGAUGGAGAUAAUAAGAGGAAUUGCUGGAGCACUUGAUGUUUCAGCAUCAUCUGUUAUGAACAUGAUUGCAAUUAGGGCAAUGAGUCAAAUACUUCCAGAUAGUGAAGAAGCUAUGCUACAAAUCCCACAUGUAACUAAAGCAAAUUUUGAAAAAUAUGGAAAAGCUUUAUUAGAUAUUACACAAAAAUAUGCUGCAGAAAAAUAUGUAUUAUUGAGUGAAGAAAAAGAAGAGAGUAGUGAUGAUGAUAAUGACGAUACGUGGUAUAACGAUACUCCUACAUUUUCCGGUAAAAUUAACUCAUUUCGUGGUAAAAAACGUAAAGGCAAAACUACUUAUCGAAAUACAAAUAAAAAGUUUAAACGAACAUCAGGUACACAAAAAAGAAAAACAACGACAAAAGCAAAAUGUACGACUACAAAUUUAAACAAAGGACCGGGAUUAGUAAGCUUAAAUUCAAAGAAAUAAUAUAAAUAAAU